AUGGCUGGGCCGAGCGUUAGCGCGCAAGUCUUGGCAGCUGCACUUCUGCUUUUGCUCGCCACUGUCUCAGGAUCUACGGACCGGAAAAGUCGGGGGUCGUCGCGGAUCCCUUUCCAGUUCAGCGAGGAGGAGCGCGUCGCUUUUAAGGAGGCGCUGAAAGGUGCCAUCCAGAUUCCCACAGUGUCUUUCAGCCAUGAGGAAUCCAACACCACAGCCCUUGCUGAGUUUGGAGAAUACAUUCGCAAAGUCUUCCCUACAGUGUUCCAGAGCAGCUUUGUCCAGCAUGAAGUCGUGGGAACGUAUAGCCACCUGUUUACUGUCCAAGGCUCAGACUCCAGUUUGCAGCCCUACAUGCUGAUGGCUCAUUUUGAUGUGGUUCCUGCCCUUGAAGAAGGAUGGGAGGUGCCCCCGUUCUCAGGCCUGGAGCGUGAUGGCUUCAUCUAUGGCCGGGGCACACUGGACAACAAAAACUCUGUGAUGGCAAUCCUGCAGGCCUUGGAGCUUCUGUUGAUCAGAAACUAUAGCCCCAAAAGAUCUUUCUUCAUAGCUUUGGGCCACGAUGAAGAGGUGUCGGGGAAAAAUGGCGCUACAAAGAUUUCAGCACUCCUACAGGCUAGGGGUGUUCAGCUGGCCUUCCUUGUGGACGAAGGGAGCUUUAUCUUGGAAGAUUUUAUUCCGAACAUCAAGAAGCCCUUUGCCAUGAUUUCGGUCUCAGAGAAGGGUGCCCUUGAUCUCAUGCUGCAAGUAAACAUGACUCCGAGCCACUCUUCAGCUCCCCCAAAGGAGACAAGCAUUGGCAUCCUUUCUGCCGCUGUCAGCCGACUGGAGCAGACACCAAUGCCGAACAUGUUUGGAAGGGGGCCACUGAAGAAGGCAUUGAAGCUACUGGCAAAGGAGUUUCCCUUCCCUGCCAAUAUAGUCUUGAGCAACCUGUGGCUAUUUCGGCCCAUUGUAAGCAGGCUAAUGGAGAGGAAUCACAUAACCAAUGCACUGGUCAGAACCACCACAGCCCUCACCCUAUUCAAGGCAGGAAUCAAGGUGAAUGUCAUCCCCCCAUUGGCUCAGGCUACAAUCAACUUCCGAAUUCACCCUUCGCAGACAGUACAUGAGGUCCUCGAGCUUGUCAAGAAAAUCGUGGCUGAUGACCGAGUCCAGUUGCAUGUGUUGAGAUCUUUUGAUCCCCUUCCCGUCAGCCCCUCUGAUGAGCAUGCCAUGGGCUACCAGCUACUUCAACAGACCAUACAGUCUGUCUUCCCGGAAGUCAAUAUUGUUGUCCCAAGUAUCUGUAUUGCCAAUACAGACAGCCGACACUAUGCCAACCUCACCAAUGGCAUCUAUCUGUUCAACCCUGUUUUCCUGCAGUCUCGGGACUUCAGUAGCAUCCAUGGAAUCAAUGAGAAAAUCUCAGUCCAGAACUACGAGAACCAGGUGAAGUUCAUGUUUGAGUUGAUCCAGAAUGCUGACACCUACAAGGAGCCAAUUCCUCAUCAGCAUGAACUAUGA